GUGUCUUCCCGCUUGAGUAGGUAGGAGAAGAGGAUAAAAGCCAGAGUCGACACUUGGCUGUCACACUGCUUUCUAACCGUAGACGUGUCCAUAGCUGAAAGAUCACAAUGAAGAUUAUACUCGUGUGUCUUGCCCUGUUCGGCGCCACCUACGCUCAGCAUUUAUCGCGGGAUGAAGUCGAGAGAAGAUGCUUGGUUGACAAACCAGACGUGUCACAAGGUGUCGCCUACGUCGCAGAUCUCGAUUGCGCAUUUUUCUGGCAGUGCGACUUCGCCUACAACCUACUGAAAAAUGUCACCCUCAAAGUAUGCCCAAUCGGAACCUUGUGGGCCUCCCGCGCCAGCGCAGAAACCCCGCCAGCAGUGGGCCAGGAGCGAGUGGUGUGCAUCAGCUGUGAGAUGCAGAACGACCCUACCUGUCAGGCCCAGCACCCCGAAGGAUCGGCACAGUGCCCACUGCCUCCACCACCUGUAAGUACCACAACGGAAGCACCACCAGCUCUUGGAGACAAGAGAUGUAUACUCAUGCCCCAGAAAGCGGCGUACCAAGAAAUCGUAGGGGAAGUAAGCAAGGUUUGGUACCUGAACAGAAACGAAACGGUUAGCUGUGGACAUCUUCUUUUCAAUUUUGAAAAAUGUCACUGCGACGCGGCAUGUAAGUUCUAG